UUCAAUGGGGCGAUCACAAAAACUCAAAAACUUACAUUCAAUUUUCAAAGACAAAGCCAAGAUCAUCAAAGCAAGGUUCACAUUCACCAAUCACACAACCUCCUCCAUCCAAAUCGUUGUCCUCCGCGCCACCACACGCUCUGCCCGAUCCCCACCUCAAGAGCACCUUAUCUCCGCCCUCGUAUCUUUCAGCCACACGGCACGUCACUCUGCUUUGGCGUGUAUAUCCACAAUCAUCAACCGUCUCCACCAUCACCACCAACCAAACGCUUAUGUAGCGCUCAAGUCUCUCAUAACACUACACCACAUGAUCAUUGGUGGUUCUUUUGUUCUCAACGAGCAAAUCUCGUUCCACCCUAUGUCAACCACAAGCCUUGGUUUUCUAAACCUCUCGAGAUUCGUGGACAAUACUGACAUGCAGUCACACGAAUUUUCUCUAUGGGCUCAAUGGUACGCGCGUUUUUUGGAAAGUAAUUUGUCAACAUCCACUAUCCUAGGUUGUUCCCUAUCAUUAUCAAAAUCCGAAAUCGAAAAAAAGAAAGAAAAGAUAAAAUUCUCUUUAUACAUUGAUUUAUUCAAAGAAAUUGAAGCAUUAGUUUCAACGGUUGAAGAGAUAUGUAGAGCACCAAAAUCGUUACAUUGUCGAAAAAACGACAUCAUUUAUGAGGUAACAAGAUUAGUGGGAGAAGAUUACCGUAUGAUCCAAUAUCAUACUAUGAUUAGACUCACCGAGUUGAGUGACAGGAUCCACAAUUUUAGUACCAACGAGUUGAACUUGUUGACUCGGUGUUUGGAGAGAUUGGAGAGAUGUAAAGCGAGAUUGACCGAGUUGUUUUUGAACAGGAGACGGAAUGAGUCCUUUUGGGACUUGGAGACCGAGUUGAUGGCUAAACUCAUGAGGUUGAAAGAAGACAAGGAGGUGAAAUUAGUGAGUCGAAAGAUGAUCGAAUACGAACCCAUGUCAACUCAAUUGAAUAAACAACUCACGUUAGAAAGCCAUGAUUAAUAAAAAAAAUAGCCCGGUUAACAUGACUAUUUCUAUGUGUACCGCGUGAUAUGUUGUAUAGUCUUUUCUUACGUUUUUUAGUAGUUUGGUUAUUUUGUGAUGAUUCUCUAGAUAACUUUUGACUUUUUUGUCCUUCGCUUUUCAAACUUGAUGUUUGACCCCA